AUGGAUCUCGCCAACCUCCUCUCUCACACGGCUGUCAAGCCCGUUACUCUCGAGUCCAGCUACUAUAAGCGCUCGCCUCUGUCGCCGCCAGCCGAAGAGCCUAAGGUUUCAUUGCCUUCAAUCUCUUCACUCUUUGAGGGUGCCGAUGGUCAGAACUCAGCUAAACGCCAACGUCUCUCACCAUCUGUCGGUGACCGCCACGUGCGGGUCCAGUCAUACGAGAUGCCCCCAACACCACCUCUGCGCCCCGGCUCUGGCCACGCCCACCGCCGCGCAUCUCCCGUGGAGUCUCUCUCCCACAAGGAAGCACACCACAUCCACCGUUCCUCCAUCUCCAGCAACAGCUCAAUCCACAUCGCCCGCAACACAGCACCCUAUGCCUCACCCGCCCCAAGCGUCUCAUCCUACACAUCUCCAAUCGACGCCCCGCAACAGCCAAUGUACUACCCGCGCCCACCAACCGCAUCUUCCUUCCAGCCCUCGACACCAUCAGCUCCGCAGAUGCCCACCGUGAUCCAGACGCAGCACUCGCACUCGUCCUCGGCUCUCAUCUCGCCCGUCACUCCGGCCUGGCAACACCACCACUACUUCCCGCCCUCCACUACAGCCCCGUACCAGCAGAACCACGACCGGUAUAUCUGCCGUACCUGCCACAAGGCUUUCUCGCGUCCUUCUUCCCUGCGCAUCCACUCCCACUCGCACACGGGCGAGAAGCCCUUCCGCUGUACCCAUGCUGGCUGCGGGAAGGCUUUCUCCGUGCGCAGCAAUAUGAAGCGCCAUGAGCGUGGCUGCCACUCCGGUCGUCCGGGCCCUGCUGCUGCUACUGCACUUGUUGUAUAA